CGCUUAGCAGAAUUGGUUCAUUCAAGAGAUUUCCGCAACAACGAGAAGCCCCUCGGAAGUUUGAGGUUUCGUUGUUAUUUGGUUGCGACGAUGAAUGAUCAAUCCCAAAUGAUGAUAAAUUUGAACCAGAGGAGUCAGCCUCAGAUGAUGAAUCAGGUUCAAAUGAUGAACCAGCCUCAGGUAAUUAACCAGUCUCAGAUUAUAGGUCAGACUCAGGCGUUGUCUCAGCCGCAGAUGUUGAUCCAUUCUCAAACAUUAAAUCAGCAGCCGCAGCCGCAAACACAAAGGAAACCAUCACAGAUGUUGAUGAACCAGACCAAACCUCCGAUAUUGAAUCGGGGCUAUAAGGCUUGGUCUCAACAGCCCCCCAUGGACCCAAACAUGAAGUUUCAGAACCCUAUGAAACAAAAUUAUCCCAACACCAAGUUGGGACGAAGCAAUUGGAAGGGGAAGAAGAUGACGGAUAAGCGCAAGGACCCAAGAAGAAUGGAUAAACCUAACCUCAGUGCCUCCACCAGCCAAUCCAACAGUGUCGUGUACAAACCACCUACUCUGCAUGAAUUACAGUCUCAAAAUCGUUUAAAAGCCCGAAAAUUUUAUCCCAAGAAGAAAUUUAAUAAUCGAUUUGCCCCUUAUGCCCCGAGAAACACGACAUCCUUUCUUAUUCGGGCUAAGAAGUCAGGGGGCAUAGCUUCACUUGUAUCACCCUGUCCUGUAACCCCAGCUGUACUUCCUACGCCUAUAUUUUCGCCCUCGAGAGAGGUUUUAGGGGAUAUGGCAAAGGAAGAGUGGGGUGUUGAUGGAUAUGGAUCCAUGAAGGGUCUGAUUAGGCUUCGAUCACCAGGGCAUGAUGCAGAUGUUCACGAGGACGAAGAAGAUGAGGAAGGUGGUGCUGGGUCAAGUGAGAGUGAUGUGGAAGAACAUGUGGAGGUGGAAAGAAGGCUAGACCAUGAUUUGAGUCGGUUUGAGAUGAUAUAUCCAAAUUAUGGAGUUGAGUAUAACAAUGUCCUAGAGAAUAGGGUAGAUGAUCAGGAUUCCCAUAUAGCGCAAUUGGAGGAGGAGAAUUUGACAUUGAAAGAGCGCCUUUUCCUAAUGGAGAGAGAAUUAGGUGAUCUGAGAAGGAGGUUGCAGUUUCUUGAGAGGCAGAACCAAAUUGGGGAUGAUGCCAACGAGGAAGUGGUGGAGAAUGGCUCUGAUAAUGACAGUGAGGGGGGAUCGGAUGCCCAGGUUGUGGGAACCGAGGAUAACCCAGAGAUGGUUGAUUAUGUGCCGUUGGAUGGGAGAAAUGAAGACGAUGAUGCUAAUGCUAAGGUAAAAAGUGAGAGAGUAUCAGAGACUGAGGUUAUAGGAGAUGUUUGUAUGGAAGAGAUGGUUCCUGAUGAGGCCAUUGCCGAUGAGUAUGAGAUGAAGGGUGAAGUGAGGAAUGAGUUUGCAGUCAAUGAAGUAAACGUGGGGAAGGAGGAGCACAAGGAUGAAGAAGCUAUUGGGUAUUGUGUACCUGAUGAAGUUAUGGCAAAUAAAAAUGUUGUAGAUCAACAAAGGAGUGGUGAACUUGAAGCAGUGGAUGAGAAAGAAGAGUUAGAAGGCCAGGAACCAGUCAAUGGAUGUGUGCGAGAUAAGGUCCUUAGUGAGAAGGAUGAGGACGUUGGGACAUGCUUGGAACCUGUUUGAGAUUACUUGUCUGUCCCUCAUUUUUCCCUUGGUUGAGAUGAGACCUUUGAUUUGACUUGUCUCUCGAAAGAUGUCAAAAGCGGUAGAUAAAUCUCCAGGUUCUUUACUCAUAAAAGCAUUAGUUAGUUUUGUUUGCAAAAUGUUUCCUCUAUUUGUAUGUGGGACUAGCGGUCAAGCUGUGAGGAUAACUAAUUAGUUUCUACCUUGUACUUUGGCUACCAUGACUAUGUGGAAACUUUCUUUGAUAUAUUCACCGUGUAACUGAAUACUUUUAAGCAUCUAUUAGUAUCCGUUGUUUUGACGCAGUGAUUAA